AUGGUGCCCUCCCUCUCGCGGGCUCUCAGACUCGUGGUUCUGUCCAUUAUAUGCCACCACUUACCCCUGGCCGCUGCAGCACCGCCGCCGCCAAAAAACCUCUGGUGGGUGUGGCCACCGCUGGACUACACCGACCCUCUCUACUGUGGCUGGGACCAGAUUUCCGUCGUCAAGGAGGUCGAGAUCUACAAUGGAGUGGCCCACAACCGCACCUAUGCGCACCACCCCGAGCUCUUUGCCGUGGGCAACAAUGUCUUCCUCAUCCACUCAUCCGCACCUGUCGACGAGGACAGCAUGGGCCAGGACGUCUGGAUGUCCACCUCCGAGGACGGCGGGCUGACCUGGACCCCCAGCGUCAGCCUCCUGCCCGCUGCUCUCCUGCCAAACCAGACCGACCCCCUCAAUUACAAGUACUGGUGCGACCGUGGAAUCGCCCAGCGAGGGUGGCAGGCAAACACAUUCGUCCAUCUUGCUAACGACGAGCUGUACGCCAUUGCCCAGUCCGGAAGUCGAUGGUGUCCCGGCACAUUCAAGGCGGCCGGCCUCAUCGCGCGUCAGAUCUCGCUCGACGGCAAGCCCAUCGGUGAUCCCUGUUGGCUUGAGAAGAACGAGUACACCGACUCGCAGCUGUUCAACGAGACAAUCUACGGCACCAAGUACGGCAUGAAAAUGUGCAAGAAGGCAUGCCACAUCAACAGGGCGCUCCUCAAGCCUGACCAGGCGCCGGCUUGGACAUCAUGGCUGUACAACACCGAGCUGGACGCCGCCGACGGCGCACACAGCAUGCAGGAGAACACUUUCGCCGUCUGGAUCAACGACACGGACUCGCCGACAGGGGGCUACUGGAACCGGUAUUGGCGUGAUAUCUCCUCGGGCACCUCCAUCACCCAUACCGUCUGGGUCGAGUAUAACGAAGACCCAAGCGGCAACGGCUGGUAUCCCAAGACCCUAUCGCCGAAAGGGAACAAGAUCUACCAAACGACCAUCCCCGACGCCGGGACAAAGCAGUUCUUCGGCCAAGUGAACGGCGGAGACCGGUAUCUCCUCUCCAACCCCAAGUUCAACUCGACCGCUGCCCAGCGCCAGCCCCUCACGCUGGCCGUGUCGAGGGGCUCUGACCAGAGGUUCACGGCCGUGGGCGUCCUCCGCACCGACGCUAACCCGAACAUCGUCCCCGAUACGCGCAACGGAGUCAAGGACCACGCGUUCGGCUUCAGCUAUCCCACGGCUGUCCAGGUCGGGGACAAGCUGAUUGCGGCGUACAGCGAGAACAAGGAGAAUAUCUGGGUCAGCGUCGUGGAUGUAAAUGCUUUUCCCAAAGCUGGAGACGCCUGCAGCAUGACUUGA